AUGGCGUCCAAAGGCAAAGCAGAUCCAGCUCUGGAUGAUUUUUUAAGCAAAGUUGAUCAGAUUGAAUCCAUUGUAAAGACUCUGAAGUAUGGUGAUGACACCCAAGUCAAGACGGCCAUGCAGGAGGCAGAUUCCAUGCUGGCACAUGCUAAAUCCCACAAGGGCCAUUUCCCUGAGGAUUUGGGUCCAGUUGAACCUGGGGACGAGGAUCUUCCCCAAACAAAAACUGGUUUCAGUAAAACCAUGAUCAAUACAGCCCCAACUGCUGCUCCAGACCCAGAAGUGCCGUGUGCUGAUAGUUUACAAUAUGACAACUCAAGCCAAGAAUCCUUCAUGGCAGCUAUGGAGGCUGAUGCAAAUGAAAGAGCUGAGAGACGGAAAAAAAGGCAAAAGGAAGCAAACAUCAUAAAGGAAAAAGGAAAUGACGAGUUCAGACAGGGAAACUAUGAAAAAGCAUUAGAGUAUUAUUCAGAGGCUUUACAGAAGGUAAAGGACAAUACAGUAUUAUAUACAAAUCGAGCACAGACUCUCAUCAAACUUCACAAAUAUGAGGAGGCAUUAAUUGACUGUGACUGGGCACUCCGGGUGUUCCCUAACUGUAUAAAGGCUCACAUCCACAUGGGUCGAGCACACAUGGGUUUGGGACAAUAUGAGAAAGCAAGAGAGUGUCUACGAAAAGCUCAGGAGUGUGACCCUAAAAGAGAGUCAGCUAUUAAAGAAUACCUGUCAGAAGUUGACAGACUUGAACAAAAGGUGACCCAGGAAGUCCAGGCCAAACAGUUGUUUGAAUCAGGAGAUGAGAGUGCACAAACCAUUGUACAAUUACUAGAGAAAGUCUGCAAGCCGGAUCAGCUCCCUCUCUAUUAUAGUGGAGGAUUUACUCUCAUCUGUAGUGGACUUCAGACAAUGGAAGAUAAGACCCUAUUCAGGACAAAUGGUGGCAUUGAUCUCUUCUCCAGUCAUCCUUGUUUCUCACGAUGCAUAGCGUCCUCUCCUAGGAGCUUGUCUCAGGAACAGCUCACUAUGUUGACUUCAGGAGUAGAGAUGUUGGCAAUGGCAUGUACGGAAAAUGAAUCAAACCAGCAGCAUUUACUAGGAUUAAACAAUUUCUCUGAAUACAUUCUCCAGUUUAUGGAAGUUAAAAUCAAAGGUCAAGGUCGACUGAUGAAAUCUGCUUGUGUAACGUUAUUACAUCGACUGACUUUGUCAGAAUCAGGGAGAUCCACCGUAAUUCGUGUAUUCAAUCUGACGAGGUUAAUCGCAGUAUUGUUUGAGCUUAUUAGGACCAAUGCUACCAUAGCCAUUACAGCAGGCAGUGUUCUAAACAACCUGGCACUCGAUAAAAUGUUUAAAGUCAAAUUAAGAGACAAAAUUGAUGUAGAUGUUCUUCCUGCCUUUGAAUCCUUAUUGAAAGAUGGUUGUUCCGGCCAAGCUUGUGUUCUACCAACCUGUGUUACGACAAUGAUGAACCUGGCGAUAGACCCAGCUAUACGCGACAAGCUGUGUAGGCGUCAGGAUUUAUGGAAGGCGAUACUUGACCUUAUGACUCAACACAAAGAACGGCUUGACCAACCAAUUAGUGUUGAACUUGUCGAGUCUUUACUGGGUCUUCUGUCAAAUCUCACUUUCACUACGUCGCCACAACACAAAGAACAUGCCGUCAACAUCUGUAAACAGUGCCUGGAGUUCUGUAAAAAAUUUAAACACUACAAACUCAUCGUGUCACGAAGUCUGGGGGUGCUCAGCCAUGUUCUUCCCAACUCUAUACCAUCUGUUGAUUGGUUGUGUACAGAAGAUGGUGCAGAAAUCCUGAUGUAUCAUGUGAAGAGUGAAGAUGAUGCAGAAAACAGAAAACAUGCUUUAAAAGGUUUGACGGCCUGCACCCAAAUCAACGAACUUGCACGUAUAUUUGUAGUAGAUCACAAAGGACUUGGGACACUCAUACGACUAUUAAAGGCCGAGGACGAGAUUCUCAUCGGGAACUCAGCGUUAAGUCUGGGUCACUGUACUCAGGUACCCAAGGUGUGUGCGGCAUUAGCUAAAACAGACAUUAUCAAAGACUUGUUAGUGUUAGCCAGAGACGGAAGACGUCCUGCGGUACAACAAAACUGUGCCAUCCUCAUCGCAAAGCUUGCUCAAGGAGAUUCAAGACAUUUGGAGAAGUUACGAGAGCUCCAUGGCAUAGACAUACUUCACACGUGUAUGAAACAUCUCAAGUGAUUCUCAUGGCGGUCUCUCAUCCUCUUCAAUCACCUCAUCAAUUAGUGUUCCACAUUCUCAAACAGGGUAGCACUUCAGUCACAACAGUCUCAGGAUCAUGGAAUUCCAUCUAAUAAAAAUAAAGUUUGGACACCUGUUAAAUGUGGACAUAUGUUCCAUAUUUUUGUCAUUGAAAGAAAACAAAUAUUGAAAUGAAUUCGUUAAAGUUGGUAGAUUGAUAUACAGUAUUAUAUUGAUAAAAAUAAUUGAAGGUUGUUACAGUUUCUCAAGUAUUUAUUGACAAGAAAAUUACUUUGUUUUUGGUAGAUAUUUAAAGAUGGUAUGUUCAAUAUAAAACAGUUUUCCUGUGAAACUCUUAUUUUGUUUCACUUUUUAAUGGCUCUGAAUUGUUCAGCCACAUUGUUCGUCUCCUAUACUGUUUCUUAGAUAUUUGUACUUGCCAAUUAAAAUGUUUUUCAAUGUUUUGAAAAAAUGUUUUUGACGAUUUCCAUAUUUCUAUAAUGACCCUAAAGGUGGGCGAUUAUUUUUUAGGGUUAAAGUGAAGCCGCUCAAUAUCAAACACCCCUGUGACCAAGAUUUCUGUUCAGUUGGCACAAACGUUCCUACAAGAUGUCACACAAUGUAUUUCAUAAGAGUCUUUGACUUUAUUUACAAUAACAAGUUACAUCACAUAACCUGGUUAAAUCAAGAAUAUUUGAAUCUUUCGUAAUGGCAAAAUUUCACUAUAUAUAAAAGUAUGUCUUUGGUAUACUGAUUUUUGUUCUAAUAAAACUGGAAUUAUGCAGUAAUCAAUGAAAAUUUCAUGAUUAUGAUGUAAAAGAACAUCCAAGUCAUAGACAUGCAUCUCAUUUUAAACAGAUUGAAUUUUUACGAAAUUGUCAAAAUAUCAGACUAGCAUACAUUGUAUCUAUAUUUCCGGGUUUUGUUUGAUGCAGUAUACAUGAUCUUGCAUGCGAUUCUGUGUAAAAUGUUCAAAAAUGUGAUAUGUGAAAAAAACUACAAGUCAAUUAAUUGUUAUAUCAAACUUUUUAAUGUGUUUAAAAACUUUGAUAGGACAAUGAUGCAAGUGUAUGAUACUUUUGAUCAUAUUUAUUAGAAAAUCACUCCAAUUAUACCACAGAAUUGAAAACUUUGAUUGGUGCCGUACAAUUUUUUACUUCCAAGCCAGUAUUGUUAUCAGUAACAUUAGUGAUAUAUGAAUGUGUAUUACUUGAUAGAAUAGAGGUAAAUUGUCUGUCCUGCUUAGUCAUUUAAGAGAUUAACCUAUGAGCGGAGUUUGACCUCUUCUGUAUUUACUGCGAGUUUCGCUGGGGUAUCUUAUUGCAUAGUUUCAGUGACGUGUCUCACUUUCAGUGUAUCUUAUUAAGUGUAAUGGGUAUAUCUCGCAAUGUCACAGAACAAGUGCCAGUAAAGCAUCUCACUGCAGGUGUCAUAGACGUGUCUCAUGAAAAACGCCAUCAAAAGUGUCAUGGGUAUGUCUCUCUACAUUGUAGAACAAGUGUCACUGAAGUGUCUCAAUUUAAGUGUCAGUCACAAGAGUUUCAUUAAACGUGACAUAGAUACGUCUCACUAACUUGUUAUACAUGUGUCUUUAAAUUGUCUCACUAAGUUUCACUAAGUGUCUCAUUAUCUGAUUAUAUGGUUCGCUAACAGAUGCGUCUCUAUCUUGGAGUGUCACUUGUUUUUCAAUACAAGUGUCGUUCAUUCUAUUAAAAGUAUAUCUAAAAAUAAAUGCCACAAUGGGUGUUUCAAUAUGUGAGGGAUAUAUUAAAGGAAUUUCUUGAAGUGUCUCUCUACAAAUGAAGAAUUUCAUCAUUCAUGUACAUAAAUCACAUCACAGAAUUGAUU